AUAAAUUUCAAUUUUGAACUUAGCCAAGUAGUAGAAGAUGAUAGGAUUUUGGGCACUCUGGAUGAUGAGAGGAGUGGUGAGGAAGAGAAUUUUAAGAUGGAAGAAAUUGGGGGUAUUGUUGGGGUUGGUAGGGGUUUAUGUGGCUUGGAAGGUCCUGUGACGGUGUAAGUAUACACUCAUUAAGAAGCUCCUACCUGAAAAGUACAGACCAAAGUUCUUUUUUAACAGUGAUGAAAAUCCCCAAGAAGAUGAAAUGCAACAAGCAAUGAAAAAUAGAGCUCCUAAAGAUUCUCAUUAUCGGAAAAGAGUCCUUUCUGUUAUCAAAGAGGAGACAGAAAGUUUGGUUGAUGAAUAACAAAAUUUCACCUAAAAUAUCUUCAUUCAUAUCCGAUUUCAUA